CGUGAGACAUCCCAUCCCAUGGACCUCUUCGGCUGCCCCGCUUCUGCAGCGGUGCAGCUCCCGCUCCCUCGUCUCAGGGCAAUCGCGCAGUCGCUGUGAACGAACCCCGACGAUUCCAUCAAACCCCGUCUUGUCUGAACAUGGUGACUGCUGCCCCUGUUGUUUUGAGGGGAAAAUGCGAGGCCCUUGAUGCAAAGGAACUGGUUGGACGACGCGCGCUGUCGGUCCGGUUGUCAGUGCACUGGUUCCAGGUUCCCCGGUCGCGGGGACGGGCAGUGGAGGGCAGCUCGCCCGAUUUGGUAGGUGAAACGUAGCUUCAACGGAGCCGGGGACCAACCGAAGAGAACCAUCGUGUCUCAUCAAUUGUCCUUUUCCUUCUCUUUUUCCUCCUCCUCCUCUUCUUCUUUUCCACCAAUUCUUUGACUUGGGUCAGGUCAUUGUCUUUUCCCAUCUCAAUCCAAAAACUAUCGUGAACCGUCAAGAUGUUCAGCUUGCGGCGACUCCUCCUCGCCGCCGCGCUGUUCCUCGGCGCGAUGCUGCUUUUUGCGCAGUCCGCCGAGGCAGCCAAGGGCCCCAAGAUCACCCACAAGGUCUACUUCGACAUUGAGCAGGGCGACAAGCCCCUCGGCCGCAUCGUUAUGGGUCUCUAUGGCAAGACCGUCCCCAAGACCGCUGAAAACUUCCGCGCUCUUGCCACUGGCGAGAAGGGCUUCGGUUAUGAGGGCUCUACCUUCCACCGUGUCAUCAAGCAGUUCAUGAUUCAGGGUGGUGACUUCACCAAGGGCGAUGGCACCGGUGGCAAGUCCAUCUAUGGUGACAAGUUCGCCGAUGAGAACUUCAAGCUCAAGCACUCCAAGAAGGGUCUCCUCUCAAUGGCCAACGCUGGCAAGGACACCAACGGCUCCCAGUUCUUCAUUACCACUGUCAUCACCUCUUGGCUCGAUGGCAAGCACGUCGUCUUCGGCGAGGUCCUCGAGGGCUACGAUGUCGUCGAGAAGAUCGAGAACACCAAGACCGGCCCUCGCGAUGCUCCUGCUGAGCCCAUCAAGAUCGCCAAGAGUGGCGAGCUUGAGGUUCCCCCUGAAGGCCUGGAAGGCCAAUCGGAAUGGGCAUCUCCCGCGUACGCAAACGAAGACGAGAAGCCUGCUGCUCCUGUUCCUGUUACCGAUGCCAAGCCUCCUGCGCACGACAGCAUCCCCGCCGCCACCGCCGACGACGAUGACACUGGUGCCCCCUUGUUCGCCAAGGUCCUUUUCUUUGGCGUAUUAGUUCUAGGUCUCGUUUUAUAUAUUCGCCUUCGUCGCGCCCCUAAGGGUACGUACGGAAAGGGCAUGGAGUAGGCAAUACCUCGAAUAUUUGAAAUCUGACAAGGCUGCAUAACAGGUAGCUAUGGGGGUCUGGGCGGGCGUGAGUAGCCCAGACGAGUAGUGUUAAACGGGAAAAAAACAAUCAGAAUCAAAUCAUGGGCAUAUUUGGAUCAUCGCAUAGUUCGCUUUUAUUCCUAUGUAUAUCAGUCGCAGUAAUGGUUGUGAUGGUUGCUCUGGCGAUGUAGUGGCGUGUCUGUAAGUCGAAGCAUAAAAGUAGCAUCACGUGGAUCCAUUUUUAUCCGUUCGAGUCGCU